UAACCCAAACACCAGUGGCCUCACCGGUAACCCCGUCGAUCACUGGUCCGCUCCAUGUAUUUCCACUAAUUAGAAGAAGCAUUGGCCGACUCGGCGGUGCAGCAGUACGUCCCCGAUUGGCACGUGGCGUACGUGAAACUAUUUUAGCAAUCAAUGCAUUUUGUGACGACCGGUGCUCUACAGAUCAACAACAGGAUCAGGUGGCAAAUUGUAUACAAAACGGUAUUAAUAGAAACUCCCAAAUGAUUACAUUAAUCCGUUCGUGUGGUGUCAGCGGUGGUAAUGCCCUGUCGUGUAAUCGCCGAAGAAGUGGUCAAUUAAAUCGUUGUCUAAUCGGUCGAUCAAUUAAUAGAAGAAAUUUAGUUAAUCCAAGACUUCAGCGCUGUUUUCGUAACUCUAUAACAGUGGCCACACUUGACUGUCUUGUCAGAAGAAAUCGUAUACUAAAUUCAUUGUUACCAUUACCUCCCGGACCUUAUGGUCCAGUUGUAACUGCAGGUCGAGCACCAGCAACUCAAAGAAAAGCUACCAAUAAUAUAAAUAAAACCGUCACCAAUAAAAAUACCAGUUCUCUGAAAAAACCAAUUAAAACUAAAUCUAAUGAAAUGAAAGCUUUUGGUUCUCAGAAAAAGAAAGUCAAGACUUAA